CUGGCCCAGCCUAUGUAAUUUUGUAAUGUAGAAUUUACGAAUUGUCGAGUCGGCCAUUUGUAUCAGGCACAGCUGUGUUUCAAUAUAUUAUUAACACCGUGUUUUCUGUUCGUAGUUUAAUUGCGUUUAAUUUUAGUUUAUGCAUAAUAAAUAUAAAUUUAUAAAAUGGUAGAAAAGGCAGAGAUAAAGGCGGAAUCUCUGCUGAAUCUCGAUGACCUUUUACAAUGUCCCGUAUGUUACGAAAUACCUUCAGGUCAAAUAUUUCAAUGCAAUGAAGGACACCAUGUCUGCGGUCGAUGUAAGAUGCGCCUGGACGUAUGCCCUGUAUGCCGCGCGCUGUUUUUCGGCACACGCAACUAUGCAAUGGAAGAAUUAAUAGCCAAUUUUAGAAAACUACGUGCUUUUAAAUUAGGCAGCCACGCUACUGCAGGUACAGGCUCUUCAGAAAGCAGCACACCAGCUAAAGAAACAACCACAGGGGAAUGUGAAAAUGAUGCUAAUGAUGAAGAAGAAAAUAAUCCAACUGUUACAAAUGAGCCAGCUCAGAGACCACCACAAGCCUGCAAAGGCCUCUUUCGUUGUCUCUGUUGUAAAAAUGGCAAUGGAGAAAGAUUACCAAGUGCACGUUUACUUAAUCAUCUUCGUUAUUUUCAUGCUCCAGAUCUACUCGAGGGUCGGUCUGAAAAUGGAGAGUAUUUACAAGCAUGGCAAUUUUCAACUGUGCCUGGAAAGUUAGUGACAGCUGUCAGAGUGUCUGACAUGGGUAUAUUCUUUCUGACUAUUGAAAUUAAUAGUAACUCAGUGUACGCGUGGUUGACGAUGGCCGCAGCCCCCUGGGUAGCUCACGCGUUUAAUUAUACUGUUACCAUUUGUGGUAAUGACCGUGAAGCUAUAUUUUCAGAUUGUGUAUGGUCAGUAAGAUCCUGUGAAGGUUCUUUGAAAAAGCGUGGGAACUGUUUAGUGGUUAGAGAAAUGGACGCGAGAGCACUAACCGCGCCCGCCAUGAUCAGUGGAAAGCUGUCGGUGCGACGCACGCCGCCCGACCAGCUCGCCAAUCAGUCACAGCCGAGAGCCGUCUUAAGGAUCGCUAACCGGAGCAACAAUCAGAACAACUCAAACAACUUGGAACCUUUUCUCCAAGACUUACAGAACGACGUAGCGAGACUCUCCCGAGCGUUCGCAAUGCUCGGACAGGAGGCGAACGCCCUGGUACGUUCGGAAGCCGAAAUACGAGCUAGAAUCGAAAACUCAGCGGCAAUCAAUCCGGCCUCUUCCGGAGGUCGAACGGUGUCGUCUGAAGCCGAACCUCAGCCCACAGUUCAGAACGAUCAGAUAUUAAACGAGCAGGCUCUGUCGCGAAACGCACGCAGACGCAUUCGCCAGCGUCUGAGGGCAGCUCUGAAUGGGCCUAACCCCCUGGUUCCGCCGUCGGGACCGCUGAGUCACAAUGUACCCAUCCUGCCGGUACCGCCGUCGACACUGCAGCGACGUAACGGGCCCAUCCUGCCGAUGUCGACGCUGUCGCUGCAGAGACGCAACGGGCCCAUUCCGCCGGUGACGACGAUGGCACAACAGAGAAGCAACGAGCCCUUCCCUCCGGUGCUACCAAUGGCGCAGCAGCGGCGCAUUGGGCCCAUGCCACCGGUGCCGCCGCCGGCGCCGCAGAGACGCAACGGGCCUAUGCCGCCCGUGCCGCCACCAGCGCCGCAAGAGUCCCAGAGACACAACGGUUACUCUUCCGACGACACGUACUCCGUGUACACCGUGAUGCUGCAGGCCGCGCCCGCGCCCUCUGCGCCACCCCCUCAGCCUGUGGCAACGCCCGCUCAACCCGUGGCGCCGGCUACUCAGCCCGUGGCCCCGCCGUCCUCGUCCAGCGGGCCUUCGCAGCCGCAGCCGCCGCCCGGGAACGGCACCCGUAACAAGAAAAAGCGUCGCCAUCGCAGAUAAGCGAUAGUCGUUUUUAAUACUUAUAAUAAGUACAUAUUUGAGAAUCAUUAUGUAAUGUUAUUUGUUACUCUAUUUUAGAGUCUCAGACAUUUCCUCUGGGGUUUCCUACUGUGCAUGAACUGUUUUAAUUGUAAAUAUUUUAGUCUUUUGACAUUGCAAUCUUUGCAAGUGCUGUGAUAAAUAAUGCAUACUGAGUUUUGUGCAGUAUGCAUGAAAAUAAUACUUAAUUGUUUCAUUGUGCAUAAUGUCCCCAGAGUGAGUAUUUUAUUAUUUAGAAAGAUCCUAAUGAUAUUAAUGAAUUGUUAUAUUUCACAAAUGGUUAAUAAUUACAAGCAUUGUAUUAUUUUAACAAAUGACUCAUGAGGCAUCAUCAUCCUUAUUAAUAAAUAUUUUGACUAGUAGAAAUAAUAAUAAUUAUGAAUUUGCUUGUUUUUGGUCAUUGUAAUUGCAAAUUCGGAUGUAGAAUUAAACUGUUUAAUAAUGCGUUAAUCACUUCAUUAUAAAUAGUUAUAAUUUUAAUAUAAGUAAUUAC